AUGCCCUUUACGCCUGUCGCUUCGCAUGCCGCAAGGAGCACACUCAAGGCAGCAUACGAGGACCUCGAAAAGGUACUGAAGCCUACUGACUGCUCACAACUCAAAACACUCAAGCUUGAGGAUGUAAGAGCAUCGACGGAAAAGCUUGAGGAGGAACUAGCAGCAAGGCAAUCUCUCAGGAACCUCCGCCGCUUGGCACCAUUCUUCGACGGUCUCGAGAAGUUGGCCGAAUUCCUCAAGCCCUUGUGCCAGGGAACAGUCUGGUUGGAGAUAGCAUGGGCCCCUACCUGUGCUAUCCUUCGCGCUGCAUCUGGCUACGUGCUUGCCUUUGACAAAGUACUCAAGGGAUAUUCUCAACUUGCCGACUGCUUAAGUCCGCUGCAGCUGCUGGGGUCGGCCUUCGCGGACGAUGGCGUAAUUCAAGAGACUCUGGCGAUCAUCUACGCCGAUGUUCUCAUGUUUCACAAACAAGCAUAUGUCUUUGUCAAUCGCAACGGGUGGAAACUGCUCUUCACCAACUCCUGGACCCGCUUCGAACCUCGUCUCAGUAGUAUCGUCGAGGACAUCAAAGAGCACCAAAAGCUUAUCGAAUCGCAAGCAGCAGCACGCAACAUAGAUGAGGCCCGCAAAAUGCGCGACCAGCUUCAAGUGUGGAGGGAGGAGCAGCAGUUGCGAAACAGCCAAGAAGAUGAGGCAAGACUGGUCAAGGAUUUCCAAUCCAUCACAUCCACUCUCCAGAUUGAUGAAAGAGACCAACUGUCGAUAUUUGAGUCGCUUUGCGCUGAGGGUGCGAAAUAUCCAGGAAUUUGUGGAUGGAUAUUAAAAAAUCGUCGGAUGCAAGAAUGGCUACAUGCAUCACCAAACACGUCUUUCCUCUGGCUACAAGGACCCCCAGGGACAGGGAAAAGCGUCCUCGCAUCACAGAUUGUCAACUUCCGGAAGGCUUCCGAGCAUGUCAUUUACCAUAUUGCCACAUACUCCCACAAUAACUCCACCAGCUAUGAUCAAAUUCUUCGCUCCAUUCUACUGCAGCUUCUUCGAUACGACCAGAGCAUGUCGGCCUACGUAUACCAUGCGUUCGUACAGCAGAAUAACACCAAAGCGCCGAAAAUAGCCGAUCUAGAACAGACAGUUCUAAGCCUGAUUGACGGGGCUUUGGAAAGGUCAAACAAUGGCGGAUAUCUCUGGAUAAUUCUGGAUGGCUUGAAUGAGUGCACUGUCGAUAAUCAGCGCCGCAUAGUCGCCCUCAUGCGGCAGGUUGUGACAAAGUCGAGCUAUCCAGGGCAAUUGAGCGUCAAGGUCUUGAUUUGCAGUCGGUACACGGAACCACUUGCCAAAGGCCUGAAAAAGAUUCCGCAGAUUUCUCUCAUUGACGAAAAGGACUCUUUGGUAAAGGCCAUUGACCAAUACUCAAUGCAACGGCUACAAGCUCUUGGGGAACGUUUUAGCCAGAUCAACAUUACAUUCGACGAAUUGCGAAAUGUAGCCAGCAGUAUCGCCUUGAAGUCGGAUGGCAUGUUUCUCUACGCUCGUUUGGUCCUCGACUUCAUCGCCUCUAACAUUUUCUACUCCCUCGAGGAAGUAAAAGGGUCCAUCGCCAGCCUCCCGAAAGGACUAUCCGAUCUCUACCAAAAGAUUUUUACCCAGAUGUUGAGUAACCUCGAUACUCGAUCCGUGCGCCGUGUUCGGUGCGUCCUUGGAUGGGUUGCAUUUUCAGAUCCACCACUUCGACGUCUUGAGCUACUUUCAGCAGUCACCUUCAGCUCAGGAGACGUUGCUGACGGUCAGCUGGCCCCCAAUUACCUUCUCGAUAUCUGCGGCCCUCUGGUUGUUCAACGAAGGGAUACCUGCCUCGUUUUCAUACAUUCGUCUGUGAAGGACUUCCUCGAAAAUCUUCCGCAGCCUAUACAGGAGCUAAGCUUUGCUGUUGAUCGCUUCAACGCCAAGACAGCCUGCCUUAGCAAUGGUCUUGAAGUUUUUGGUCAACAUAGUCAAGUUGAUGAGUCCGAAAGGUACAUCCGAGUUGUCCGAGGUGUUCAUGGGUUUCAUUUGGUAGCCAGUGAAGGCUGGGUAGAUGAUCUCCUAUAUAUUGUCCAGUCUACCAUCGUUUCAAACGACGUGAUCAAGUCAGCUCUUGAAUUCGUGGAAAAGAUGAACGAAACUUACGGAUGCGCCGGCAAUCGAGAGACGAGUGGUAGACUCUCGGAACAUGUGCAGCAAAUCACAACCAGUCUUGCGCUUUACCCGCGUCUCCUAUCCGGCGUACUGGGAGCCCUUGGCACUAGCUCAGACAAGAAGAACGACGCUCAAAAUCAGGAAUUGCACCGAGGAUCGCUCGCAAAACUUUUGCAACAUUACCAGACAGUCGUACGCUACGUGCUUGAUCACGAUAUUAUAUACGGAGUUUCAGCUGAAGAACUCAAGCAGUUCAAAGAACAAUUCGGCUUAUCAAGCUUCACCUGCUGUGUUCGCUCAUGCCGUUGGGCGAAACAUGGGUUCGAAAAUUCCAGCGAAUUGGAACGACAUAUGAUAGAGACACAUACCCAAGGAUUCCGUUGUCAGGCUGCCGGAUGCCAAUAUCCAGCAUUUGCUUCAGAAAAGACUCUGAGAGCUCAUGUAAGGGAGAAGCAUCAGGAGUCUUCACAGCCAAGGGCGAGUAUCCGGAGCCAUGGUCAACAGAAACCGAGAGAACCCACCAUGAAUAUAGGAUCUAAGCGACGGGAGCUGAGCAACCCAGCGAUUGAAAAGCCGCAGCCGGGUCCACCACCCCGGGUCAAUAACCCAUCGCCAACGGACCAGCAACAGAUGCUACUACAACUAGCUCGGAACUUGCCUCAGCAUAUUAUACAGCCAUCCCCGCAAGACAUCGAAACGUUGCGGAAGCAACCAAGAUGCGCCGGGUUUACCUACGAGCAGCUAUUUGACCUUGGAAGGCAAAUUAAAGCUAGAAAUUAUCUUAUGCGGCAACAACAACAGCGAAAUCAACAACAGCAGCAGCAGCAGCAGCAGCAGCAGCAGCAGCAGCAGCAGCAGCAGCAGUAG